CGAUAUCGUAUGGAGCUUUAAUGGAGCAAACGAAUCACACGUAGCGGAUGGAUCCCCGUGUCCAGUUCUUGUCCCAAAAGCCCGAAGGAGCAGGGGAAACGGUAUCGUAUUCGCUUCAUUCUAUAUUCUGUACAAAAGCCCUUUUCUCCUCCCUUUUGUUUCAUUCCCCCACUCGAUUUAGGGUUUUCUUCUAAUCCGGUGUGUAAAAUUGAAGAUCCUUCUUCUCUUCCUUGCUUCCCCCUCUCGAUUCCGAUCUCAUCAUCCCUUUUUGAUUUCGAAAAAUCGUUGAUCAGCGUCACGGCUUCUCUAUAGCUCCUCCGAUCGGCUGGCAAAUUAGGGUUUCGUGCGAGCUUAAUUCGAUCGUUGGACCUGAUAUGCGAGCGAGUGUCCGAUCAGAAUCUCUCUGAUCGAGAGAGAGCAAAUCCCACACUCGGGGUUUCUUCCUUUGUAUGGAAACUCGGAGCCGCAAGCGGGCGGAGGCGACCUCAACUGCCCCAUCUUCUUCUUCUUCUUCACCUCCUCCUCCCUCAGGCCCCACCACCCGCAGCAAACGCGCUCGUCUUUCCUCUUCCUCUUCCUCCUCUGUUGCCGCUACCACCACUGCACCUUCCUCUUCCACCCGCUCUCGCUCUUCUCGCUCCGCCGCCGCCGCUGCUACUCCCAUGGACACCUCCACCGAGUCUUCUGGAUUUCGCCGAGGCGGACGAGGUAACAGGGGUAACGACAACAGUAAUUCUGACAAGGGCAAGGAGAAGGAGCACGACGUUAGGAUUAGGGAUAGAGAAAGAGAAAGAGACCGAGCCAGAGAACAACUCAACAUGGAUGCUGCCGCUGCUGCUGCCGCCGCUGACGACGACGACGACAAUGACAGCGAGGAUGGCAACGGGGGUUUCAUGCAUCCCAACAUGAGCUCCGCCAGCAGUGCUUUACAAGGUUUGCUGAGGAAGCUUGGAGCUGGCCUCGAUGACUUGCUUCCUUCCUCUGGUAUCGGCUCUGCUUCUUCUUCCCACUUAAAUGGGAGGAUGAAGAAGAUACUCUCUGGCUUGCGCUCCGAAGGAGAAGAGGGAAAGCAGGUCGAGGCUUUAACCCAGCUAUGCGAGAUGCUAUCCAUUGGGACUGAAGACUCAUUAAGCACCUUCUCUGUUGAUUCCUUCGUCCCUGUUCUCGUUGGUCUACUAAACCAUGAAAGCAAUCCCGACAUAAUGCUUCUUGCGGCCAGGGCUCUUACCCAUCUAUGUGAUGUUUUGCCGUCUUCUUGUGCCGCCGUUGUACAUUACGGCGCUGUUUCAUGCUUUGUCGCCAGAUUGCUAACCAUCGAGUACAUGGACUUGGCCGAGCAGUCUCUGCAAGCUCUCAAAAAGAUAUCUCAGGAGCACCCAACUGCCUGUUUGCGAGCUGGCGCUCUGAUGGCAGUGCUCUCAUAUCUUGAUUUCUUCUCCACUGGAGUCCAGCGUGUAGCACUAUCUACUGCUGCAAAUAUGUGCAAGAAAUUACCUUCUGAUGCAUCUGAUUAUGUUAUGGAAGCUGUACCAUUACUGACAAACCUACUUCAGUAUCAUGAUUCGAAGGUUUUGGAAUAUGCUUCUAUAUGUCUGACUCGGAUUGCUGAAGCAUUUGCUUCGCACCCUGAGAAAUUGGAUGAAUUAUGCAACCAUGGCCUUGUGACUCAAGCUGCGUCUCUUAUUUCCACUACCAACUCAGGAGGUGGGCAAGCAUCUCUGGGCGUUUCAACAUACACGGGGUUAAUCCGAUUACUUUCCACCUGUGCGAGCGGCUCACCUCUUGGAUUCAGGACAUUGCUUCUUCUCGGCAUUAGUAGCAUUCUUAAGGAUAUUCUGUCGGGUCCUGGUGUCUCUGCUAAUGCAUCUGUAUCUCCAGCACUGAGCAGGCCCGCAGAUCAGAUCUUUGAGAUAGUCAACCUAGCGAAUGAGCUCCUCCCUCCAUUGCCAGAAGGAGUUAUCUCCCUUCCUACUAGCACAAACACUUUGGUGAAAGGUUCAGGCCAAAAGAAAUCUUCUCCAAGUACUUCAGGAAAACAAGACGAUUCACCAAAAGUUUCACCUAGAGAAAAAUUACUUGCUGAUCAACCUGAACUUCUGCAGAAAUUUGGACUGGAUCUUCUUCCAGUUUUAGUGCAGAUUUAUGGUUCUAGUGUCAAUGGUACUAUUCGCCAUAAAUGUCUGUCAGUUAUCGGAAAGUUGAUGUAUUUCAGCACUUCAGAAAUGAUUCAAUCUCUAAUUGGUGACACAAAUAUAUCGAGCUUCUUGGCUGGUGUAUUGGCAUGGAAAGAUCCACAAGUCUUGGUUCCUGCUCUACAAGUUGCAGAAAUUCUGAUGGAAAAGCUUCCUGAAACAUUCUCGAAAGUGUUUGUGAGGGAAGGGGUGGUUCAUGCUGUAGAUCAACUUGUCUUGGUUGGUAAACCUAUUUCUCAUGCUUCACCUACUGAUAAGGAAAAUGACUGUGUGCCAGGAUCUGCACGAUCUAGGCGAUAUAGACGGCGAAGUAGUAAUGCCAGUUCUGAUGGAAAUCAGUCAGAAGAGCUUAAGAAUUCUGCGUCGGUUAACGUAGGUGCAAACCAUAAUUCCCUAGAUUCUCCUACCUCUAGCUUCUUGCUAAAGGAAACAGUUAGCUCCUGUGCCAAAGCAUUCAAAGACAAGUACUUCCCGUCUGAUGGCGGGGAUCUCGAUGUUGGAGUUACAGAUGAUCUCUUACAUCUAAAGAAUCUUUGCACGAAGCUAACUGCUAGUAUAGAUGAGCAUAAAGUGAAAGGAAAGGGAAAAUCCAAAGCCUCUGGGCCAUGCCUUGGCGAUUUUUCUGCUAGCAAGGAAGAAUACUUGAUUGGUGUCAUUUCUGAGAUACUUGGCGAGCUUAGCAAAGGGGAUGGAGUCUCAACUUUUGAGUUUAUUGGCAGUGGUGUGGUUGCAGCUUUGCUUGACUAUUUCUCUUGUGGGUACUUUUCCAAAGAGAAGAUCUCCGAGGUUAAUUUGCCCAAACUUCGCCAAGAUGGGCUCAGAAGAUUCAAAGCUUUUCUAGAAGUCGCACUUCCGUCUGAUGGUAAUGAGGGAAAGAUCCCUCCUAUGACAGUUUUGAUUCAGAAACUUCAAGAUGCUUUAUCUUCACUGGAACGCUUUCCCGUCGUCCUUAGUCAUCCCUCAAGGUCAUUAGGUGGAAGUGCUCGUCUCUCAUCUGGAUUGAGUGCUUUGGCACAUCCUUUAAAGUUGCGAUUAUGCCGUGCACCUGGAGAGAAGACACUACGUGAUUACUCCUCCAAUAUUGUUCUUAUAGAUCCACUGGCAAGCAUUGCAGCGGUAGAAGAAUUUCUUUGGCCCCGAGUUCAACGGAGUGAAUCUGGUAUGAAGCAUGCAGCGCCUGCUGGAAAUACAGAGCCAGGCACGUUACCUAGCGGUGCUGGUGUUUCAUCACCAUCCUCGUCAACUCCGGCUUCCACCACACGUCGUCAUUCUUCUAGAUCUAGAUCAGCAAUUAACAUAGGUGAUACCUCAAAGAAAGAAGCUGUGCAUGAGAAAGGUACCAGCUCAUCUAAAGGAAAAGGUAAAGGCGUUAUGAAGCCCGUUCCAGCUGAUAAGGGGCCUCAAACAAGGAGCAGUGCUCAAAGAAGAGCUGUCCUUGACAAAGAUACACAUAUGAAACCAGCUAGCGGAGACUCCAGCUCCGAGGUGUUGGAUGACAGUCUUCCCAUGUGCACGCCUGAUAAAGUGCAUGAUGUAAAAUUGGGGGACGCAGUGGAUGAUGACGGUGGUGCUGGUCUGGCCUCUAGCGGGCGACAGAUGAAUCCAGCUUCAGGUGGCACUAGUGGAGCAGCAGCAGCGAGGGGAUCUGAUUCUAUUGAUGCUGGCAUUGGGAAUUCUUACGGUUCUAGGGGUGCACUCUCCUUUGCUGCUGCGGCAAUGGCUGGGCUUGGAGCUGCCAGUGGUAGAGGUAUCAGGGGAAGUAGAGACCUGCAUGGGCGUACCCUAUAUCGAAGUUCCGACGAGCCCUCUAAGUUAUUAUUUACUGCAGGAGGAAAGCAACUUAGUAGGCAUUUGACGAUAUAUCAGGCUGUGCAGCGACAACUUAUGCUAGAUGAAGACGAUGAUGAAAGGUUCGGUGGCAGCGAUUUCAUGUCAAGUGAUGGAAGCAGAUUCAAUGAUAUUUACACCAUCAUGUACCAGAGGCCGGAGAGUCAAGCGAAUAGGUUGUCUGUUGGUGCAGCAAGUUCUACCACACUAUCAAAAUCCACUAAAUCUGCUACUGCCAAUUCUAGCGUAGAAUCUCAGUCAUAUAAGGCAUCUCUUUUGGAUAGUAUCUUACAAGGGGAGCUUCCGUGCGAUCUUGAGAAGUCAAAUUCUACUUAUAAUGUUCUGGCGCUGUUGCGUGUAUUAGAGGGGUUAAAUCAGCUUGGCCCUCGGUUGAGAGCCCAAACUGUUUCUGAUCGUUUCGCAGAGGGUAAAAUUACAAGUCUAGAUGAUCUGAAGACAACUGCUGCUGCUAAGAUUUCUCAUGAAGAAUUCAUCAAUAGCAAACUUACACCCAAAUUAGCUCGACAGAUCCAGGAUGCGCUUGCUUUGUGCAGUGGUAGUCUUCCCUCUUGGUGCUACCAGUUGACUAGAGCAUGCCCGUUUUUGUUUCCGUUUCAGACCCGGAGACAGUAUUUCUAUUCAACUGCUUUUGGGUUGUCCCGCGCAUUGAACCGCUUGCAGCAGCAGCAAGGUGCUGACGGCAGUGGGUCUACAAAUGAACGAGAGAUGAGAAUAGGGAGGUUGCAGCGCCAGAAAGUCCGUGUAUCCCGAAAUAGAAUAUUAGAUUCUGCUGCGAAAGUUAUGGAGAUGUAUUCUAGCCAAAAAGCUGUGCUUGAAGUAGAAUAUUUUGGUGAAGUUGGUACUGGUCUAGGCCCUACACUUGAGUUUUACACACUCCUAAGCCAUGAUCUACAAAAGGUUGCGCUUGGGAUGUGGAGAUCAAAUUCUGGUGACAUGGUAUCUAUGCAAAUUGAUAGAGGUGAGAUUGAAGACGGGAAAUCAUCCGCAGCUAGGGACAGAGAUAUAGUUCAGGCACCGCUUGGGUUGUUUCCUCGACCUUGGCCCUCUACAGCUGACGUAUCUGAAGGUAGUCGGUUUCAUAAAGUCAUUGAAUAUUUCCGGCUUUUAGGGCGUGUGAUGGCAAAAGCACUUCAAGAUGGACGGCUACUGGACGUCCCAUUGAGUACAGCGUUUUAUAAGCUUAUUCUUGGUCAAGAGCUUGAUUUGCAUGAUAUCAUAUUAUUUGAUACCGAGCUUGGCAAGACUUUGCAAGAGUUUCGUGUUCUUGUUGGCCGCAAGCACUAUCUGGAGGCAGUAGGCGGUGACAAUUGCAGCGCUGGUUCUGAUUUAUGUUUACGUGGAUCCCGUAUAGAAGAUCUCUGCUUGGACUUCACGCUUCCUGGCUAUCCUGAAUACAUUCUGAGACCAGGAGAUGAAAUUGUUGAUAUGAAUAGUCUUGAAGAGUAUAUAUCCCUUGUCGUUGAUGCUACUGUCAAGAGAGGAGUUACCCGGCAGAUUGAAGCCUUUAGAUCUGGAUUCAAUCAGGUGUUUGACGUAACAUCUCUACAAAUAUUCACCCCUUCCGAGCUGGACUAUUUGCUGUGUGGUCGUAGAGAGUUGUGGGAGGCGGAGACUCUUGCUGAACAUAUCAAGUUUGAUCACGGUUAUACUGCUAAAAGUCCGGCAAUCAUUAAUUUACUGGAGAUCAUGGGAGAACUUACAGCGGAUCAGCAGAGGGCUUUCUGCCAAUUUGUAACUGGAGCUCCUAGGCUUCCUCCUGGUGGGCUAGCUGUUUUGAAUCCAAAGCUGACGAUUGUGAGAAAGCAUUCAUCAACCUCAAGUGCGGCAGCGAACGGAACAGGGGCUUCGGAGACGGCAGACGAUGAUCUUCCCAGCGUAAUGACUUGCGCCAACUAUCUUAAGCUCCCUCCUUAUUCGACAAAGGAAAUCAUGUACAAGAAACUGCUCUACGCCAUCAACGAAGGGCAAGGAUCGUUCGACCUGUCAUAAGCAGAGGCUCCAACUCUCGCUCUCUCCUCUCUCUCUCUCUCUUUGUACAUUUACAUCGGAAGACGCUGAUUUUGAUUUUGCUUUUCGGGUUUGAAUGAUCUGACAAAAGCCGAAGAUGCCCCGGGAGACUUGUAAUGAGGAUAUAGAGAAUGUGUUGUCUGAAACCUUUGUGGAUGUUUUGGUGCAUUCCUCUUUGUCUCUUGCAGAAAGAAAAGCUAUUUAUUGUGUUGUAGAUAAAGAAAGAUGAUAGGCUUAUCUUCCCCUUUUAGAUUUCAUUUGGUCAGUCAAAAACCAUGGUAACUUUAAGUUGGAUUACCAGCAAAAACUAGAAUAUGGACGGCACUUUUAUUAAACCAUUGAGUUAUAAAGGUUAGCUUCAAUAUUUUUCCUUGUGCCUCCUCCCUCGUAUGAUUUCUCUCCCA